AUGCUCCCUACACAAGCCUCUCCUUCCGUCAAUGUCGCCCUACAGACCUCCUUCUCCGCCGGCCCUUACCUCGUCGAGUUGCUAGAAACGGCCGCCCUUGAGAACUCCUCCUCCUACUUUCCUCUUCUCGAUCGCAUUGCCGAUGGUGCCUUUGCGGAUUUGCAAACCGAACAAGAGCUGUAUACUAGAUUUCUCGACAUCUUACAAAAUGAUGGCCACCUGUCCAGUCCCGAGUCUCUUUCCUCCUUCAAAUUCGCCCUCGCCCUUCACGCUGCGGCCCCGAGGGUUGAAGCUCAUUUCCAGUACUACAACACUUCCGUCCAACCGCAUCUGAUGGCCGCGCAAGAUGCCGCCUGCCCAGUCUGGGUUUAUUUGGACGGCCAGCAAUUCUGCUCCCCUGCUCUGGACCGUGCUCAGCAGGCAGUCUCCAUUCCAGACAAUGCUGAUGAUCUCCCAUUUGAUCGGGUCCUCGGUGCCUCCUCUGAUGGACCUCCAUCCAUCCUUUAUGCAGACAUCACGCAUCCCUUGUUCGGUCAGUUCCACAGUGUCGUCAGUCAGACCGCUCGCCAGGGGAAAUCCACCUACAGAGUCCGUUACAGACCUUCAGGGUUAGUCUCAAGCAGGCCCAUCCACGUUGCAGGCUAUGGUGUGGAGCUCGUUCUCAAGCGAACCGACUACAUCGUUAUUGACGACCGUGAUGCCCAAAAGUUGGAAGAUACCACGCCGGACCAACUGUCGCUGGACAACGUCCAGGAUGGUGAACUCAACGAUCUGAAGCCCCUGACCACCUCAGAAGUCGCCAAUCUUGGCGUCAAUGCUGCCAGCUUCAUCGUCUCAAGCUCAAGCCCUCUAGAUACUCUCAUGCAAGUCACAUCGGAUUUUCCCAGGUAUUCGUCGCUCCUCGCGGCGGCAAAUGCCAGCAGAGAGUUCAUUCUAGAACACAGAGCAAAUCGAGAGCGGUUUCUACCCUCAGGAUACAACGUCCUUUGGAUCAACGGCGUCCAAAUCGAGCCACGCCAGAUCAAUGCCUAUUCGCUCCUCGACCAUCUGCGAAGAGAAAGGCGCAUUAUCGCUGAGCUCAAGGAUCUAGGACUGACAUCGUCAGAAGCCAUCAGCCUCCUUUCCAGUGAGAUAAUCGCCGAAGCACAAGCCCACGAAACACCUCAGCGGUUCGAUUGGCGCGACGAUCCUGAGACCGACAAGGUCUUGAUGUGGCUGAACGAUCUAGAGCAAGAUAAGCGUUACGCCGGAUGGCCGUCGUCCUUGCGGUCUCUGUUUCAAAGGACAUAUCCUGGACAGCUCCCCCAAGUAGCCCGUGAUAUUCAUAACCUCGUCGUGCCAAUAGACAUGAGCAACAUCAAGGAUAUUGAACUGGCUGCCACAUCGUUACAGAGUCUGGUCAGGCGACAGGUUCCCAUCAGAGUUGCUCUUAUCCCCACCGGGGAAGGAGAGACCGCGGACGCUUAUUCAAAGGUGGCGUAUCAUAUUUUUGAUACAUAUGGUUUGGCCGCUCUGAUGAACUUCUUUGCCGAUGUUGUAGCAUCCAAAAAGUUGGAGGUAAGCCCGGAGAAAAGCUUCAAUGCCGCAAUAAAGGGUCGGGCCACCAGACAAGGAAACGAGCCACUAUCGUUUCAAGAUGUUCUAACCGCUGAAAGCCUGGAUCUACGACUGCGGUCUCGAGACGAAUACAUCAAGCGCUUAGCGCUGGCAGGGCCAAAUCCUCCUUUCCUUGUGAACGGGGUGGUCCUACCAAGGGCGGAUAAUUGGCUUGAGCUUUUGAGUGCGCGGUUGUACUCGGAUCUCCAGUUGGUACAGCAAGCAGUAUUUCAAGAAGCAAUCUUGGAAGAUACCUGGGUUCCCGAGUUCUUCCUCGUCCAGGCCGUCAAGCGGCGCAAUGAGAUGGUCUUCCCUGAUGACCCCAAAGAUGCCAAGAUCGUCGAUGUGGGCCACCUAGCCAGUGAGUUCGCUGAUGGCUUUGCUCGCGUUCCUCGUGUGCCUGGGGCAGAGGCGACGUUGUUGAGCGACCGUGCUCAUCUUCUUGUCGUCGUUAAUCUUGAAUCCGACCCCGGCCGGUCCUUGCUUUCGGAAGCGCUGUUGUUUCAUCAGCGGAAUCCUGAAGUAGAGCUCCUGAUCGUUCACAAUCCUGGUUCUGAAUCGCAGACCUCCACAUUUGCCCGCGGUCUAUACGUGCUAUUGCAAGAGGACGGGCGUGACUUAACUGUUGCACGGCUGGAGCAAUUGCUCAGAGGCGAUCUGAGUCCUUCAGCGGAUGAUUUGGCCGAUCCAUCAGCCGAGUUCUGGGGUUCUCAGGCAGAUUUAGUCCGGACGUUAUCGUUUUCGGAGGGUCAAAAUGGACUAUGGCUCAAUGGUCGUCUCCUGGGUCCCCUCGAACAGCCUUUCACCUGUGUCGACUUUGAGUCCUUGCUGGAAUUCGAACGGAGAGACAGGAUAGCACCAGUUACAACUGCCAUCACCGGACUUGCGCUGGAAGACCGAUUCGCUGGUGCCCUCGAUCUCGCAAAGGUUACCUCCCUUGUUGCUCGAUCUUUGAAGUCUGACCUCCCGGAAGGUUUGAGGGAAUCGGCACCCUUGAUCAGGAUGGAGCGAUUCAGAAUCUGGAACGGCACUCAUACAUGCAUCAAGAUGUCGAACUCGGAUGACAUCACUAUUCAGAUCGUGGCCGCAGUUGACCCGGCCUCUGAGCUUGUACAGCAGUGGGUGCCGAUUUUGAAGAGUUUGUCGCAGCUUAGCGGAGUGAGCGUGCAGAUCUUCUUAAACCCGAAAGACAGAUUGACGGAGCUACCUGUCAAACGAUUUUUCAGGCAAGUCAUCAGUGCAGAGCCCAGUUUCGACACAUAUGGUUCGCUAGUGGUUCCAAAUGCAUCAUUUAGCGGCAUUCCCAAGGAUACACUCUUCAAUCUUGGAAUGAUCGUCCCUCCGUCAUGGUUGGUGGCACCUAAGCAAUCCAUUCAUGAUUUAGACAACAUCAGGCUUAACAACCUAGCCGAGGGUGAGAAUAUCGACGCCAUCUACGAGCUUGAGCACAUUCUCAUCGAAGGUCAUGCAAGGGACGUGACUAACGGUCCAGCACCUCGUGGUGUGCAGCUCCUGCUGGGUACUGAGGAAGAGCCACAUUAUACGGAUACCAUUAUCAUGGCCAAUCUGGGAUACUUUCAAUUCAAAGCCAACCCUGGAUACUGGCAAAUAUCAUUAAAGCCGGGAAGGUCUUCAAAGAUCUUCAACAUUGACAGCGUUGGGCCCCAUGGCUACUCUGCUCAACCGGGCGAUGAGACAACAUCGAUCGCUUUGCUGUCAUUUCAAGGGCUGACUUUAUUCCCUCGACUCUCUCGAAAGCCUGGUAUGGAGGAUGAAGAUGUACUACAAUCCUCCGGCUUUGGAGGGGCCAUGGACUACCUUAGCAAGGGAGCGUCUUUCGCAUCUUCGGCGCUUUCCUCGUUGGGCUUCAAGAAAACCUCAACAAACGCCGACAUUAAUAUCUUCUCAGUUGCUUCGGGUCACCUUUACGAAAGGAUGUUGAAUAUCAUGAUGGUAUCGGUAAUGAAACACACCAAACAUAGCGUGAAGUUCUGGUUCAUUGAACAAUUCCUAUCACCAUCAUUUAAGAGCACCUUGCCUGUCCUUGCGAGGAACUACGGCUUUGACUAUGAGAUGGUCACAUAUAAAUGGCCUCAUUGGCUCCGAGGACAAAAAGAGAAACAGCGGGAAAUUUGGGGCUACAAGAUCUUGUUCUUGGACGUGCUUUUCCCGCUGGAUUUGGACAAAGUCAUCUUCGUGGAUGCCGACCAAAUCGUCCGCACCGACAUGAUGGAGUUAAACAAGGUGGACCUGAAAGGAGCUCCCUACGGGUUCACACCCAUGUGCGACUCCCGCACAGAUAUGGAGGGCUUCCGCUUUUGGAAACAAGGAUACUGGGAGACCUAUCUUCGGGGUAAACCCUACCACAUAUCCGCUCUCUAUGUCGUCGACCUCAAGAGAUUCCGGCAACUUGCUGCAGGCGAUCGUCUCAGACAACAGUACCAAGCGCUCUCCGCCGACCCUGCCAGUCUCUCAAAUCUUGACCAGGAUCUGCCAAAUCACAUGCAACACACUCUGCCCAUCCACAGUCUACCUCAGGAAUGGUUGUGGUGUGAGACAUGGUGCGACGAUGCAAGUCUUGCCAGGGCCAAGACGAUUGAUUUGUGUAAUAAUCCGCUCACCAAGGAGCCAAAGUUGGACAGGGCGAGGAGGCAGGUUCCCGAAUGGACUCUUUACGAUGAGGAGAUUGCUGGAGUCAUUCAGGCGGCGAAGGAGAAGCAGGAAUCCAUGGUCAUACACGAUGAGGAUCUGGACAAGGCUGGCGGUGACGAGAGCCAGAAGAGGAUUAGAGAUGAGUUAUGA